AUGAAUGAGGAUGGUUCUGUUUGCAAUAAGAUUUUGAUUGCAUUUCAAGAUAAUGAUCAAAUAGCCAAUUUAAAAGAAUCUGUAUUAGGUGAAGUCUUUCGAUUAGAUAAAGCUAAUACAAAUCAUGAUGAGAAUAUAAUAAAGGGUUUAACCUGGUCAACUAAAUACUAUGAGGUGAGAUAUGAUCUAUACGUUGACACCUUUGAUGAUUUCGAAGAAUGGUGUAAAGACUUGAUCAGUUCAGAAUACGAUGAUUUAAGAGAAGUUCUAUCAGGAAUAAUAGUAAUUGAUAGCUAUACCAUGGAAAAGGAUAAGAUCGAUCAAAAUAAGCUUCUGGGACAACUAGGGUCUGUUCUUCAGGAUAAAUUUUUUGUAUUCAUGAAUACGAAUAAGGAUAUAUCCCAAGAUGUUAUCGAUGAGUUAAAUGAUGAUAAUUCGAUGCAACUAACUUCUGAUAGUGGUAAUAGCGUUGAAAUUAUUAACUAUCAUAACGUCAGUAAUCUGAAAUUAAACCAAUACAAUGAAAAAAUAGGCUUUGAAAGAGUACGAGAGAUUAUUGAUACCUGUGAAUGGAGUGGUGGCCAUAGAGUGCAAACGGUAGAGGCUAAAGCUGAUUCAACUGAUGUAGAUUUGGAAUCAGUCUUCAAUAGAUUAAAAGAAGCAAGAUUGAAGUAUCUUGAAAUUGAAGAUGAAGAUGAAAGAGAACAAUUUGCUCUCGAGAUAUCCAAUGAAUUUGCUGAAUUUUUACAAUAA